ACCUUCCCUUGGCAACAGCUACUGCUGUUCCACACGAGUUAAUAACAAUGCUGCUGACCCCAUCGUAGAAGCCACCCGUUUGUCAGAGCUUCGCGCUCAACGCCGACGGGAGGAGACGCCGCUGAUGCAGCCAACGGGUCUCGGCCCGACCUCCACGAUGUGGUGAGGUGCCUCCUCGUGGCGAUGCGGGCGGCCACCAUGAACGCAUCGUCUCCGGUGGUGUGGCCCCCCUGCGCCGUGGCGCUUCCGGCAUCGUCGGCGUUCCAGCAACCCAAGGCCGGCCGCGUCAAGGCCAAGCCGCUCCAGCCCAUCUUGCGAGAGAGUAGCUCGGGCGAGGACUCGGGCUGGAGUUCCGCGGGAGUGUCUCGCCGCCCCCCGGAGCCAUCCUCAUUGGCGGGCGAUGACCGGGCACGGCAGCAGGCCAAGCGCCAAACAAGCGGGACUCGUGGCAAGGGAGGUGGAUCGGGCUCUGGUUCAGACCGGAGUCUCAUCCGGAAGCACGGCGCUCGGAAGGGUCCUUCUUCCAGGCAACAAGUGAAACGGAGCUUGGAUGGAGGAGCCCCUGGACCAGACGCUUUCCAGCUAUUGUUGCGUCACCUGGCGGAGCAAUUUGACGUCGGGGACCGCCAAGAGUCGGUUUUGCGGCUGCAACAAUUUGGCGUAGCAGAUGGUACUCCUUUCGCGGACUAUCUUCGGGCUUUCCGUUUGUUAGUUUCGUCUGUGACUGACUCUGAACGUACUUUGGCCCCUAGUGUAUCCAUGGUUCUCGAAAUAGUGCGAAACUCGGUCGACAAGCAAUUUCCGAGUCUGUCUCCGCUUUUGUAGCCGGGUGUUUAGGCCACUGC